GUACAGGAGCUAAACCAUGGAGAUGAGCCAUAGAAUCUGGAAAAGGGCUUAUUCCACUAGAAGCAAGAUGGCUGAACUCAAUACUCAUGUGAAUGUCAAGGAAAAGAUCUAUGCAGUUCGCUCAGUUGUUCCCAACAAAAGCAAUAAUGAAAUCGUGCUGGUGCUACAACAGUUUGACUUUAAUGUAGAUAAAGCAGUGCAAGCCUUCGUGGAUGGCAGUGCAGUUCAAGUUCUAAAAGAAUGGAAUAUGACAGGAAAAAAGAAGAACAAUAAAAGAAAAAGAAGCAAGUCUAAGCAGCAUCAAGGCAACAAAGAUGCUAAAGACAAGGCAGAGAGGCCGGAAGCAGGGCCCCUGCAGGCACCACCGCCCCAGAUACAAAAUGGCCACAUAAAUGGCUGUGAGAAGGACAACUCAUCCACCGAUUCUGCCAGUGAAAAACCAGUCCUUAUCCCUCGUGAGAAAAAGAUCUCGAUACUCGAGGAACCUUCAAAGUCCCUUCGUGGGGUCACAGAAGGCAACAGACCACUGCAACAGAAACUGUCCUUAGAUGGGAACCCCAAACCUAUACAUGGAACACCAGAGGGGUCAGAUGGCCUACAGUGGUCAGCUGAGCAGCCUUGUAACCCAAGCAAGCCUAAGGCAAAAACAUCUCCUGUUAAGUCCAAUACCCCUGCAGCUCAUCUUGAAAUAAAGCCAGAUGAGUUGGCAAAGAAAAGAGGCCCAAACAUUGAGAAAUCAGUGAAGGAUUUGCAACGCUGCACUGUGUCUCUAACUAGAUAUCGUGUCAUGAUCAAGGAAGAAGUGGAUAGUUCAGUGAAGAAGAUCAAAGCUGCCUUUGCUGAAUUACACAACUGCAUCAUUGACAAAGAAGUUUCAUUAAUGGCAGAAAUGGAUAAAGUUAAAGAAGAAGCCAUGGAAAUCCUGACUGCUCGUCAGAAGAAAGCAGAGGAACUAAAGAGACUGACAGAUCUAGCCAGUCAGAUGGCAGAGAUGCAGCUGGCUGAACUCAGGGCAGAAAUUAAGCACUUUGUCAGCGAGCGUAAAUAUGAUGAAGAGCUCGGGAAAGCUGCCCGAUUCUCCUGUGACAUUGAACAGCUAAAGGCCCAAAUCAUGCUCUGCGGAGAAAUUACACACCCAAAGAACAACUAUUCCUCAAGAACUCCCUGCAGCUCCCUGCUGCCGCUGCUGAAUGCCCAUGCAGCAACCUCUGGAAAACAGAGCAACUUUACCCGAAAAUCAUCCAAUCACAACAAGGCCUCAGAGGGUAAAGCAGCAAACCCAAAAAUGGCAAGCAAUCUUCCCAGUGCUGCCGACAGCUCUCACCAGGCCGUGCCAACUAAUAAGCAGAAUGGAUCUUCUAGCCAAAGACGAAGAUUUAAUCCACAGUACCAUAACAACCGGCUAAAUGGGUCUGCCAAGCCCCAGGGCAGUGGUAAUGAAGCUGAUUUGAUGAUGAAGGGCAACAACCGCCAUGAACACAGAAGACAGCCGCACAAUGGCUUCCGUCCCAAAAACAAAGGUGGCGCCAAAAACCAAGAAGCCCCCUUGGGAACAAAGACCCCUGAGGCCCCGGCCCAUUCAGAAAAGCCCCGGCGAAGGCAGCACGCUGUAGACAACUCGGAGGCCAGGCCUUUCCGGGGUAAUGUCACUAGGGUUUCACAGUGCAAUCUCUGCCCUACAAGAAUAGAAGUUUCCACAGAUGCCGCGGUCCUCUCAGUCCCAGCUGUAACGUUGGUGGCCUGA